CGAGCGCGGAGCGAGAUCCGCCCCGCGUCAUGGGCGUUCUCGCGUUCGGGGACGCCUCCACGUGGGCGACGCGCGCGACGGAAUCGGCGGCGGCGGCGACGACGGCGACGGCGACGACGGCGACGACGCGCGCGCCGACGCCCUCCGCGGCGAGCGAGGGAGGCGUCGUCGCCCCGUCCGCGACGAAGCGGAAAGUGGGCGAUGUCGUCUCGCUCGCGUCCGUGGUGCGAUCGACGCCGACGGCGAAGGCGACCCCGGGGGGGUCGGCGACGCCGCGGAGUAACCCGAACUUCGCGCCGAGGAACGCGUGGCCAGAGGGCAAGUUCACGAUCAAGUACCCUAAAGGCUACGACCCGAACACGAAGACGUUCGCCACCGCGGGCGCGGGCGCGAACGUCGUCGUCGAGAAGCUCCCCGCGGCGAAGCGCGCUGCCGCGGCGGCGGCGGCGGCGGCGCGGGAGGUCGCCGCGGCGGAGGCGAGAGAAGCCGCGGAGAAGGCGUCCGCCGCCGCCGCGGAGGCGCUGUGCUUGGACGCGGAGUACAUGGAGAGGGUGAGAGCGCAGCGCGAGGCGAGGCGCGUCGCGUUGGAGAAGAAGAGGAACGCGGGGGGAGGAGGGAGUAACGCGCCCGCGGUGGCGGUCGCGAAGCUCCCGGAGCCGGAGCCGGACGCGGCGUUGAUGAGACGAGUCGGCGUCGACGACGCGUACAUGGCGCGACUGAAACAGCAGAAAGAAGAGCGCGAGCGUUUGAAGCAGGCGAAGGCGCUCAAGGCGAAAGCGUGGUCGAGCGCGGGCGCGGGAGGGAGUAACGCGCUCGCGGGGGCGGUUACGCCCGCGAAGACGCUCACGCUCGAGGACUUCGACGGCGACGAAGAGAAGUUUUACGAGGCGACCUACGAGCAAAGGGCGCGCGAGCAAGCGGCGCAGAGGGCGUUGGUCGCGGCGACGAGGAAACAGAACGCGGAGGCGGCCGCGGCGGCGGGCACCAUCGGCGGCGGGACGAACGGGAAACAGAAACGGCGGAAGAAGUGA